GAAUCCGUCCACAACAGCCGGUGCCAUAAGAAUCACCGAGGUUCUCCAGAAAUAUGUUCCUACACGUGGUGAUGGAAGCAUGUUCACCAUCCCUUGCCAUGGGGAUGCUCUGACCGUUGAGAGAAUCUUCGAUGGAAAGAGAGCAAGAGCAGCAGGCCAUAGCCGUUUGGAGAGACUGGAGGGAAUACAUCCCGUUCCCCAGGAGUUUCACAAACGUGCUAUUCUGCUGCAGGACACCAUGGACAUGCUAUUCAACGGUCAGAGUGCUCCAGACAAGGGAACACUAUUUAACAUCAAGAACGUUUUCAACCACAGGAACUUGAAGAAAAAGGUUAUGGAUAACUUCAAUCAUGUUGAGGAUUUUCUCAAGUUCACUACAGCUGCCAUGGUAUCCUAUCUGGCAAUGAUGUUGUGCGGUAUAUCGAAACUUACAGACAAACUGACGCUCGAUGUGCCAGAAGCAUCGUUUCGACAGUUUGGUUGCAGGUGAGAUAUGACAACAGCGGUUUAAACAUAUGCUAUGACAGUUGCAAAGGAAAAAUAUAACUCCAUUCUGCAAAUAAGGUGUUUGAACAUUUAAUAUCAUAUUUUCGCCACAAUUUGCUUAACAUUGAAGGUGUCAUUGUA